AUGCCCCACCCGAAACCGAUGCUGCUGGCGCCGCAAAAGCGCAACCACGUCCAGUACUACGUCACCCUCGCCCCCAUCAACGAUACCUUCGCCAAAAAACACUUGCCGGUGGCGAUGUUCCCCGAGACCACCAAACUCGGCCGGCCCACGGGCACUCGCCACAAGCCUGACGUCACCAACGGCUACUUUGACCUGAGGGUGCUUUCCCGCAAUCAUGCCCAGAUAUUCAUCGAUCCCCAGCUGGGGAAGCUCAUGUUGCAGGAUUUGGGCCUGUCUAACGGUACUUACUUGAACGACUUCCGUCUCGGGCUGGACCCUGUCGAGAUAAAGAUUGGCGACCAUGUGUGCCUCGGGUUUAAUGUCCAACUGGAGCUGACGCAUAAGCAGAUCGCUUUACGGGUCGAUAACAUUAAUGUGGUUCGAAACGACUAUCACCUGACGUUGUUCAACACUACUCUGAACCUUAAUCUGCCCCAGUAUAAGCAUUUGAGUUUCAUUGAAGACAUCUAUAAGAGGGUGAUGGAACACGAGCAAACACCUCAGGAUGAUACCGAUACUUCGCUCGAUAUCGGUCUUUUUGGUGAUAUUAAUCCUGCGAUCGAAGACGACCUCCUUGGUCUCUUUUCCGAGUCUAACGCCGGUAUCUACAAUAACCUGGCCAUCACCAAUCUGCUGACGUUUGAACUGAUUGUCAACACUUUAGUCGCCGAUCUCACCAGGAUCAAGCAGCAGAAUAAUACCCUCCGAAGUCUCUACGACUUCUUGGCCGAGUACCACACCAAGCUUAAUAACCUCAACACCCAGUACCUCGACCGCCAGCUACAAAAGACAAUUGAUCGCAUGGAAGCAGAGUUGGCCCGGGAAAAACUCCACGCUGACCACCUCGAACAACGGUGCCAGGCCCAGGAGGCAGAGCUGCGGCAACAGGCAGACAUGCUUGGGGGUCGCAUCAAGGAACUAGAAGCAGAAGUGCUCCGGCUAAACAUGCUUGUCCAAGCACAAAAGAUCCCCGCCCCAUCGGUGCGACUCGCUAACGACCUGGUGGACCUGCUCCUGCUGAAAGAAAUCCAGUCUAACGGCCACAGCCAGUUCGGUACCAUGGACCUGUUCCAGUUUGUUAAUGGCGACUUCAAAUCCGAUCGCGAACAGCUGCCGUCGCCUCAGGCGAAUAAUAUCCCCAUAACCCAUGACCUCACCGAGUUCUUCAACCAACCCAGCCCCUUACGUCAGCUGUUCCUGGCCAACGGAGCCAUACGACACACCUCGGGCGAGAUCUCCCCCGUGAUGAGCCGCAGUGCCCCAGAAGAGUUUCCCCUGACCACGCUGCUGCCGCCAGAAAAGACAGUUAUUGAUGGCGACGACAUCAAAGAGAUUGAAGACACAUCGUUGCCGCCUCCUCCUCCUCGCACCCUGGUGGUGCUGGAGAAGAAAACCAACGACGAGACCACCAUCAGCAUCACCGUGGUGGCGUGCAUCGCUCUUGUAUUGGGCUAUCUUAUCCAAAAGGUUACCAAUUAG